AUGGAGACCACCACGCCCGCGCGAUCCAUACUGAAGCAGCCAUCGGCACAACCAACUUUGAGCGACGAGCAGAAAGCCACAGCGGCGACCAACAAGCGACAUCUCACCACAGCACUCUACCACGCCAACAAGAUACAGCAACGAAAAGACGUUGAAGCGCGUAUCUUUGGGAAUAUUGAGACCCUAUUGGAGUUCCCAUCUGCGACACCUUUCACUUCUGUCGAUGUAUCAAGACUCGUCAGUCUUGCUCGACUCUUCCAACCAUCGGACUUUGACAACCUGGUCGAAGAACGUCGGAUCGAUGGCAAAUGUGGUUACGCCUUGUGCUCGAACCCUCCGCGAUCAGAAUCUCUAGGCACAAGUGCGGCGUGGAAGUUAAAAGCCAAAGCGCAUGGAGACUACUGCAGCGACACGUGCACGAGGAAGUCACUCUACGUGAAGACGCAGCUCAGUGAAGUGCCGGCUUGGGAGCGGGAGCCAGGGUAUCAUCCGAAGAUCGUGGUGCAUCCGGACGAUCGAAUGCCUACUUCGCGAUCAUCGAACCCUUUCAUUGCAAGUGCUCCUCGCGCAAACCACCAUGAGCUGGCCCUGGAGCGUGGCGACACCACAUCCUCGAUGAGGCCGAGCCAGGUCAUGGCAUCUACUGUCGUUGAAAACGGAGGUGCCUCGCCUAUUGAAGGCUAUGAGCCACUUUCAGCGGCUACUGAGAGACCAACUCCUUCUGCACCUCCUGCACAAGCCCAAGGCACGUCGGCCAACCAAGCCAGCGCUGGCGACUACGAUGAAGAGGCAGAGUCGUGGCGCGAUCUCUACAGCAACAUGCCCGAGCGAUGA